GUUGACUUCUACCACCACAGCGGUUGCACAGCGACCGCCUCCUCCCGCACAUCCGACACAAGCCUUCACGGACUUCCUGACAUUUCGCAAUCUCGGCGGAGCCAUCUAUAUGCGGGGUGACGAUGGAGUAUCUUCAAGCUCGAGUCGAUUCAUACAACAAGUCCAAGCGCACGAAACAAACUCUGGCGCGUUCUACCUCUGGGAACGCUACGAAGUGGCCUCACCCAAACAACUACCUGGCGACCCCGCGAACUCUUGCUGAGGCGGGCUUUUACUUCAAUCCCGGCCCGACUACCCCGACAAUGUGACCUGCUUCAUGUGUCGAAAAGAGCUCAAUGAGUGGGAGCCCGAUGACGACCCGUUCGAACUGCAUUACCAGAAAUGCAAUCAGACUUGUGCAUGGGCCGUCGCGAGGUGCGGGCCUGAGCUGGACAAGGGGCAGGAUGGGCAAUACCACUUCGCGAAUUCGUCACGCCUGCCUACGAGCAAGGCCAUGGAGAAAGCACGGCUGGAAACAUUUAUGACGAAGAAGCCGUGGCCCCACGAUGCAGUGAAGGGACAUGGUGCCAGUUCCAAGAAGAUGGCGAAAGCAGGGUUUAUAUACGCCCCUGGACAUUCAGGAGACGACAGUGCGACAUGUGUAUACUGCGAGCUAGCACUCAAUGGGUGGGACAAGGACGAUGACCCAACCGAGGAACAUGUAAAGCGCAUGAUCAAGACAGGCAAGCAAUGUCCCUUCCUGAGCACGACCACCUCCAAGCCCGCCUCGUCCAAACCGCCAUCUCGCGCCGCCCAAUCGAAGCCUUCCUCGUACUCUACGCAUCCGUCCUCGGAGGACGAGCUCGCCGGCGCCAUCGCGUCGGCCUACAACUCGAACUCCUCGCGCUCCAUGAGGAGCUCAGUCAACCGGCCAUCCACUGCCGCAUCGACAGCCAAGACGCCCGCGUCCGGCUCCAGGCGAUCCACGCGGGGAACGGGAAGUCGCACCACGCCACUAGCCGGCUCCGAAGUCGACGACACAGACGGCGCCAGCGGAAGCGAUGCAGGCAAGCGGGUAUCGAAGACGAAGGGGAAACGGAAGGGGACCGCCGCCUCGAGCAAGGCGAAGGAUCGGAUGCAAGUGGUCGAGGAGGAGGUGGAACCGGAGGUGCAUGAUGAUGGUCUGGACGAGGAUGUGGUCGAAGUAGAGCCACCCCCGAAGCCCAAACGGGGCCCGGGGCGUCCGCCGAAACACAAGAAGCCCGAGAGCGCGGUGGAGGAGACUGAGGUGGAGCCGGAGCCCGCGAACGCACCUGCGAAGAAGGGCCUCGCACGGACACGGUCAAAAGCAGCCCUCGUGUCAGACUCGGAUGCCCCGCAGCCGCAGGCGUCGGGCUCCAAGUCGGGCUCGAGGCGCAAGACGGCGGCGAAAGCGCAGGAGGUACACAUAGCGGAAACGGAGGACGAGCAGAUCGAGGAGGUGCCCGUUGCGAAGCCUGGUAGGAAGAGGGUGAAGAAGGGCGAGGAGUCUGAGCCGCCUAGUGACGUCCCGGCUCCUGCUCGGGGCAAAGGCGCGAAGGGUCGUACCGUGUCCCGGAGCAAAGCUAAGCACGUUCCACCACCUGAAACGGACAGUGACAUCGAGAUUCUGCCGGUAGAACCCCGCAGAGCGUCGGUGAGGAGCGCAAAUGCUCGGGAGGCGGCGGGAUCUUCGAAAGGCAAGGGGAGUGCGAAGCGUCAAAUCGUCUCAUCUGCCUCAGAUGAUGCUGGCUAUGCCACUGCAGAACCUCCGUCGAAGCCUCGACUCUCGAGAGGAGGGCCUCCCAAAGCUGCGGACGAAGGGCAUGGCUCACAGUCCCGUAAACGUGUCCCGUCGCCCGCGCCUAAGGACGACAGUGAUGUUGAGAUGACCGAGCACGCCCCUCCAGCGCCCAAAGUCGAAGCUGAACGGAAAGAUUGGCGGAGCCCCCAGCACUCGACCUCCUCCGAUGUCGGGGGCCAAAUUGUUCUCAAGAAACUUUCGCGUGUCAGUGCAAAGCCGAAGGUGUCUCAGACGGCGCGGUCUAGCACCAGUACGACCAACGGUUCACGCCACAUGAUCGUCGAGAUUUCCGACGACGAGGACGACGAGGGCAAGAACUCCCAGCCGGGGGUCUCUGUGCCUAAGCGACAUUCACAGACGUCUGCGUUGGUAGAUGCACCGUCAUCGAAGGGGAGGGGCCAAGAACAUAUCGAGGUGAUGCCCCCGCGGUCGAGCCAGUCCUCCGCGCAGUCUCGUUCUUCAGGGUUGGUCACAGGCAAGCAGAUGCAGACCGACGCCGGUGUACCAUCAAAACCAGGCAGCGGUAGCAGGGGUUCUGUGAGCGGCAUGGGCUCGACGUCGGGCCCUGUCGCGAGGGCGGACGGGGCGGACGGCGGGCUCGCCGCUGUGAUCAACGGCAAACACAUAGCAGAAUCCUCAGCCUCUACUCCGCCGUCAUCCGGCGGCUCGGACGAGGAGUUUCCCUUCGCUCCGAGUCUAUCCAUGAUUUCCCUUCACCGGCUAGCGUCGCUUACGGACGAGGAGGGCUCGAUGACACUCGAGCAGUAUAUCUCCAACGAGAUUGAGAUGGGGCGUCGACUGCUGAAGGAGGAUGCAGAGAUGCAGAUCGCUGCGAUCAAGGAGAAGGCUGCCGAGAUGAGGAAGGCCAUUGAAGCGCUGUGA